GUCAUUAAGCGUUCUGUGCAGUAUCUUCUUCUUAGUCUGUGGUUCUGUUGACCUAUGUAGUUUGUGAUGUAAAUUUUGAUAUUAUUUACCAAAAUUCUUCAAUAAUGCCAAAACCAACGUGUGUACAAUGUGACACUAACGAUUCGUUACUUUGGAGGAGCGGUGAAAACGGUCAAUUAUGCAAUGAUUGUCACUUAACCAACACCAGCUCCACCAAAGAAAUAAAGGUAGAAACUUCCAUUAAAACCGAAGGUGAUGAUAAAAAGGAAGACAGAGAAGAGACAGAUAGUAAGAAUGGAAAGAAUGAAGUAGAGUCUACGCCCGCAAAAGCUACUGGGAAAGGCACACGGAAAAGUACACGCGCAACUCGUUAUAAACCGAAGACUCCGGCACCAACUGCGCCCAGACAGCCGGCACCGCGCGGCCGCGGCCGUAGAAGUAUCUUCAAGAGGCAGCCCGUCAAAGCACCAACUGCUACUGCCACAGUUGUUACCAGUGACUCUGUUUUCUACAAGGGAACAUACAUGCAGGUUGGGGAUAUAGUAUCUAUGGUAGAUCUAGAUGGUGGUAUUUACUAUGCCCAAAUCCGUGGUUUCAUGACUGACCAGUAUUGUGAAAAGAGUGCAGUAGUUACUUGGCUGCUACCUACCAAAGCAAGUCCUCCACCUGAGAAAGGAUUUGAUCCUGCUACUUACAUUAUAGGCCCGGAGGAGGAGCUAGCUCGUAAGCUUGAUGUGAUGGAGUUUGUGAUGCAUGCGCCAUCUGACUACUACAAAGCUACUAACAGUCCAUACCCUCUUAUAGAUAAGGAGGUCAACAACUACACAGGCUUUAUAUGGACAUCACUCGAGCCAAAAGAAAGAUCACAGAGUUAAGGUUCAGCAACUGACUAAAAUAAUGUAAAUAAUUAGAUUCCCUCAAUUUUACUCUUAAGCUAUUUUAAAUAUAGACAUAGUAUUUUUUUUAUUUUUUUAUUAUU